AUGGAAGUCACAGAGGGCAAGAGUCAUAUGGAGCAGACCAAACAGUUCGAAAACGAUGCUUCUGGAACCUCAUCUGGUCGCGAGCUCGAAUACGAGCUCAUGGAGAAACCGAAAAAGAACGGUGGUCUCGAGCCCGAGCAUGAAAACUUGAACGUCAAUGUGGUGCAGCGGAACACUGACGGGCAAGAUGAUGACGAUGACGACGAUUACAACGAUGACGAUGACACAGACGACUUUCCAGAAGGAGGGUUUCGGGCCUGGAUUGUGGUCCUUGGGUGUUUUUUUGGACUUACCACGACUUUUGGCAUGGUCAAUACCAUGAGUGUCAUGGAAACGUAUAUUCAAUCCCACCAACUCGCGAAAGUACCUUCCGCGACUAUCGGAUGGAUCUUUUCGCUGAUGCUGUUUUUGAAUUUUGGUACAUGCAUUUUUAGCGGAAGUUAUUUCGACCGUAAUGGUGCUCGAAGUCCACUCAUAGUGGGUUCAUGCGUUCAAUUUGCGGGCACUGUCGCAACAGCCAAUGCUACUAAGACAUGGCAUUUCAUACUUGCAUUUUCGAUAGUCUUUGGCCUCGGGAACGGGAUUCUCGUUAGUCCGCUCGUGAGCGCUCCGGCACAUUAUUUUCGACGCAGACGUGGCCUAGCGACGGCAUUGGCCUCUUCUGGCGGCUCUAUAGGGGGUAUCGUGUACCCAAUCUUACAACGCAAAUGUUUUGCAAUGGAAUCAGACAGUUCCGAGUAUUAUGGGUUCGUUUGGGGGAUGCGAUACACCUCGUUCUUAAACUUGGGACUCAAUAUCUUGGCAAUUCUCUUGGUCCGCGAAAGACUGCCGAACGUCGAGACUGACCCCGAGGAAACCCGUUUCGGCAAGUUUAGAAGGGUUUUCGACACUUACGUACUCAAGAGCUUUGACGUCUCGUCUUUCAAAGAUCUACGCUACGUUUUCUGCGUACUGGGAACCAUGUUUGGCGAAAUCAGCAUUACAGGAGGCUUGACCUAUUACGGAGCCUACGUGAUUAUGCGUGGCUAUACUAAUUCCGACGCUUAUCUGUUGAUUAUGGUCAUUAAUGCGUUGGGCAUCCCAGGAAGGUGGCUACCUGGCUAUUUCAGUGAUCGCUACGGCAGGUUCAAUGUUGCUAUUGUGACAUUAAUACUCUUGACCAUAAUGAUAUUAGUGCUAUGGCUGCCAUUCGGUAAAAGUCUGCCAUGCCUCUACGCAAUCAGCGCCAUGUAUGGAUUCACUUCUGGAAGCAUAUUUUCUUUAUUACCGGUAUGCUGCGGCCAGAUAUCCAAAACAUCGGAAUUUGGUCGUCGCUGGUCCACUAUGUAUGGAAUGGUGUCCGUGGGUAUUCUUGCUGGUGUUCCUAUAACAGGUGCCAUUAUUGGACCUGAUAAAACGCCAUCUGGGUAUGAUCAUUAUGUUAUCUGGGUAGGAAUGCUGACGUUGGUAAGUGCCAUAUGCUUUAUCAUUUCCAGAUAUUUCGCAGUGGGAUUAAAGCUGGUAAGAUUCUAG